ACUCCAGUUUCUAUCUUACAGAACUAAAAUUAAGGAUGUCGAUGCAACUUGAUUCCAAUUUGCACAUCCUCGAGUUUAUUCGAAACCAUCUACUCUUUGAUGAUCUCUUGCAGACUUUUCCUGGCGAUAAUUACCAACAUCCUUUUAGUUGUUCAAACUUUAACACCGAUGAGCAGAGAGUUCUUGAAGGUUCACAUGAAUCAUCCAUAAGCAUGGAAGAAAAGUCAAGCUUCUUUGCGGCAGUUUGUUCAUCAAAUUCAUCGGAUAGCUUGAUUUGUCCAAAUAUUAUGGAUGAUCAAGUUCAAGACUUGGUAAAUCUGAAUGAUUUUAAUAUACCCAGCAUUAAUUUGGAUGAUCAUGGUGUCGGAAUUCAUCCGGUCGCGAAUUCAUCUCAUAGCCAUCACAGCAACCCGCAAGUAUUUCCAAACACCAAUAUAGAGUUGGCUGAAAUUCCAACCAUUUCCGAAGAAAUCCAACCGGAGGUUUCUCCAGCCACUUUUACAAGCCUUCCCAGCAUUAGUUAUAGCACGGAGAGAGCUGUAAACAAGCCAUUAAACUGGGAUUUCUCAACGGGUCACGUGGUCGCGAUCGGAGACGGAGUGGUUUCUGGUGACAAGGACAACCGAGCUCCACCAACUGUAAAGGAGGUUUUAUCAGAUGGGGUUGACAACCAAGCUCAAAGGCUACCAUCGCUGCCAGGCAUGAGGUACAGAGGGGUAAGACAACGUCCAUGGGGAAAAUUCACGGCUGAGAUGCGAAAUCCAGAAAAGAAAGGUUCGAGGUUGUGGCUAGGGACCUACGAGACCCCAGAAGAAGCAGCCAUGGCGUAUGAUCGAGCCGCCUUUAAGCACCGUGGAUCUCAAGCUUUGCUUAACUUCCCACAUUUGAUCGGCAAACACAAAGAAAUCCCCAAAAAGUUGGUCACGAGAAAGAGAUCUUCCACAACAUUGGAGCCAUCAUCUUCUUCGUCAUCUUCAGAGUCAUCAAGAAACAAGAGUAGUAAGAGGAGGAUAACUUGUGGUAUCUAGUGUUACUAAAGCAACUGCUUUUGUCCAAAACUUGUUCAUAAUAACACAUCAUGAAUUCUCGUUUACC